ACGCUUUUAUUUUAGGAAUCUUUAUCCACUUAUGAAGUCAACAUUAUUACAUGUCAAAUUGACAUAUAAGAGUGUAAUAUGUUUACAAAAACAAUAAGCAUUACUCAUUCACCAAAUUUGGCUGGUAAUAAAAUAAAAUAGAAGAACUAUUACGCUCUUAUAAAAUGGAGAAACGUGCGCGCCUUAAUUCUAUAUGCAAGUGUUUUUUCUAAAAUGUUAAUUUUGAAUUAGCAUUAACCACAAUAUAAAGGAUAUUUUAUUUACAUUAUCAUCAUCCUACGUUUUUGUAUAAUUGUACCUGGAGUAUAUUAAGAACAAUAUAAAAAUAUGGCAGUAUCAAUCAGUGAAAUUUGUGAAAAUACAAAACUUGCACGCGAAAUGGCAUUGACAGGAAAUUAUGAUACAUCUGGUGUUUAUUAUCAAGGUGUGGUUCAACAAAUUCAUAGACUACUUGCAAGUAUAGCAGAUGCAACAAGAAAGGCAAAAUGGCAAUUAGUACAACAUCAAAUUGUUCAAGAAUUUGAAAAAGUCAAAGCUACAUCCAAUACUUUACAGCUUUUUAAAGUUGACACACACGGUGACAGGGUAAUAGGUACAUCAUGUUUGUCAUUUGAAGAACCAACUAGAGAUCCAACAUCAUGGCCUUAUAAUAAUACAGAUAUUUCAUGGAAUCAAACACCAGCUCGAGACCCUGAUGUUUGGCCACCUUUAAGUGCUGCAGAACAAAAAAAUAUUAGACAACAAAAAGGACAGCAAAAACAACAAAAUCGUACAAAUUUAAGAAGAUCUAUUCCCACAGGGAAAAAACCAGAAAAUAAAACAGUCAACAAGAAAGAUGAUAGAAGAACAUCUAAAAGAGAUGAUUCUAACAAGGAAAGAUCAGAAACAGAAAAAGUAGAUGUAGAAACAGAAGAACGUAAAUUUGAACCAUCUGGAAAUGAUAGAGAUCUUGUUGAUUUAUUGGAAAGAGAUAUAGUUCAAAAAAAUCCAAAUAUUCAUUGGGAUGACAUAGCAGAUUUACACGAAGCAAAAAGAUUAUUAGAGGAAGCUGUUGUCCUUCCAAUGUGGAUGCCAGAUUUUUUUAAGGGAAUACGGCGACCAUGGAAAGGUGUACUUAUGGUAGGUCCACCAGGGACAGGCAAGACUAUGCUUGCAAAAGCAGUAGCUACAGAAUGUGGAACAACAUUUUUUAAUGUUUCAUCUUCUACACUUACAUCAAAAUAUAGAGGAGAAUCAGAAAAACUUGUACGAUUACUCUUUGAAAUGGCUAGAUUUUAUGCACCAAGUACAAUUUUCAUUGAUGAAAUUGAUUCCUUAUGCUCUAGAAGAGGAUCAGAAUCAGAGCAUGAAGCCUCACGAAGAGUAAAAUCUGAACUGCUCGUUCAGAUGGAUGGAAUAAGCUCCAAUAAUGAAGAUCCUAGUAAAGUAGUAAUGGUAUUAGCAGCUACUAAUUUUCCAUGGGAUAUAGAUGAAGCACUUAGAAGGAGACUAGAAAAGCGUAUAUACAUUCCUUUACCGAACCAUGAAGGUAGAGAAGCUUUGUUGAGAAUCAAUCUUCGUGAAGUUAAAGUAGAUUUAUCUGUAAAUCUUGCAGAUAUUGCAAAAAAACUUGAAGGUUAUUCAGGGGCAGAUAUUACAAACGUGUGUAGAGAUGCUUCUAUGAUGUCAAUGAGAAAAAAAAUAGCAGGUUUAAAACCAGAUCAAAUACGACAAUUACCAAAAGAAGAGCUAGAUUUGCCUGUAUCUGCUACAGAUUUUGAUGAGGCUGUAGAGAGAUGUAAUAAGAGUGUAUCACAAGAAGAUUUGGAGAAAUAUGAAAGAUGGAUGAGUGAAUUUGGUUCAUCUUGAUAACAUUCUUAGCAAAAAAAUAUUUCUCAUUUUAAUGUAGAUGACACUUAUCAAUUGAUAUCUUAAGAUAUAUUCCAGAUUACUUUUCUAUUUAAACACACACACACAUAUAUAUACAUGCAUAUAUGUAUAUUAAAAAAAUUGUAGAGACCAUAUGAGAACUUGAAAUGCUCAAAUAACUAAUAAUUUUAAUAUAUAGGAGCUUGAAAAAAUAUAAAUAAAAAUCAUAUAUGUAUAUAAUUAAAUUUUAAGCACAAACAUCAAGUACAUUAUCUUGUGAGUCGUAUUAUAUUCUAUUUUCCAACAAAAUAUGAAAUAUGAAUAGGAGAGUGUUUCAACUUAUGCACCCAAUACAUUUAUAUUAAUACAAAUAUAUUCAUUUUUUAUAUAUAUAUUCAUAACAAACUUAAAUUUUUAAUAUUUUUUGGGGGCACAACCUUCAUUUCUCAGUCUUUUAGUUUCAUCAUCAAUAUUUUUUGUUUCUUUUGGAGCUUUAUAAUUGGCUACAUGGUCAACGCGUAUUGUUCUACCUAAAAUCUACACAAUAACAGAAUUAAAAUUAAGCUUAUUUGCUAGAAAAUUAAAUUUCGUAAAACACUUAUAUUUUAUUCACAUACCUUAAUACCAUUAAAAUUAUCAACUGCUAGAACAGUACUCCUUUGAUCUUCAUAACAUAAAAAACCAUAGCCCUUUUGUUUGCCAGUGUCCUUAUCACGUACUAAAUUUAUAUUUACAAUUUCACCAUAUCUGCAAUAUACCUAAAUAAUAAAUACCUCUCACAUAUGUACAUGCCAUGUCAAUAAAUACACUAAUUGAAAAAUCUAAUUUAUAUCUAACAUAAAUCUAAUAGUAUAUAUAAAUAUAUUACAUAAUUUUGUAUCUAAAUAAUUUUAAUUAAACAAAACAUCCUUGUGAAUAUUAAUAUAUAAUAAUAUUAAAUAUUAAAAACUCUAUCUUAAAUGUCAGUUACCUAAAUGAUAUCAUUAGAUAAAGAGUAUUUUUAUUAUUAAAAAUGGAAUACUUUUAUGUACAUAUAUAUUUAAUAAAAAUAUUAUUUUAAACUUA